AAUCCAUUUCCUAUUGCAUCUCUUUCUGCUGGGAGAAAAUCAACAUGUGUCAAGCUGGACACAGGACAGAUUUUGUUCCUAGAUAGGUAUUUCUGAUAGCUUGAGCAUUGAUGUUGAGGAAUUCAAUUGAUUUAAAUUUUAAAUGGUCUGUUAUAUUUUCUCGAUACAGCUUUUUUAAAGUUUAUCUCAAGCAAAAACGUCUGGAGGGUAAUUUAUCAAAACAAGCUUAAUAUUUUCAAGCAACAUCACUUAACUGGAAUGCGAUCCCUGCAGCACGUUCGUAUGGAGGGAGUUAAUUUAAAAAUGACAAGGACUUCGUGGUAAAAUGGGGAAAGGAAUGCACAGAAUGCUCUGGGGAAAAUGAGAUGGUUUACGUUUGAAAGCCCUGGUUUGUCUUUUCAAAGAGGCCCCUGUGCAAAUUGCACGAAUUUCAAAGCAAAAAGCUGAUCAUUGCUAAUUCUGGGGCCAAGUCAGUCACAGAACAAUCGGGGAGAAGAGCCAUAUGAACACUGUGCUGGAGGCAACAUGGAUGCUGGAAAGGUGACAAGUUUAUCAGACUUGUCCAAUUCCUUUAAUCACUUUCUGGUGAACUACAAAGACCCAAAGCUCUUGUACUGUGCAAAUGGAGGGUACUUUGUUCGACUUCUCCCUGACGGACAAGUAGAGGGGACGAGAGACCGCAGCGAUGCAUACAUUCGCCUCCAGCUACAAGCUGUAAGUAGAGGAGUGGUGACCAUUCAAGGGAUUGAAUCUGGGCGCUACCUAGCAAUGAGCGAACUGGGACAGCUUAAUUCCUCACUGACCCUGACAGAUGAAUGUCUCUUCCUCGAAACAUUGGAGGAGAAUGGUUAUAACACUUAUAAGUCAAAGGAGUAUAUGGAAAGGAACUGGUACGUCGCCAUUCGAAAGAACGGAAAUGCCAAACCAGGACCAAAAACUAAUGUCGGACAGAAAGCUAUCCUGUUCCUUCCCAUGCAAGUUACAAGUGAUUAAAUGUAUAUCUGCAGCAUUAAACAGUCUCCUGAAUGAAGCAACGUCUGAAUGUACAAAAAUGUUCCACAUAGAUUCGGUAGUUGCGGGUCAAUGUGUCACUGGGGAUAAUGACAGAAUAUGGUAAUGGGACCUGUACUGUCCUUCGUUUUCAUCUGUAUUCUAACUUUUUCUAUCUUGAGAGCAUUGAUUCUACCUAGGGCAAGGGCAAUCACUCUUGAGGAACCAUGUUCUUUCUGACCUUCAUGUUACCAUCCAUCACAUCAGAGCCGAGAGAGCUAAGGUCACCAGAAACAAGCAAAUACUGGCUUUUCUGGACAGUGGAAGCACACACGCGCGCGCGCACGCACACACACACAUAUGACAUUUAGUGGCAGCAUAGAGAUUGGAAGCAAUGUUGUGGAUCUUUCCUGUACUAGCCUAAGCCACUGAGAGAGGACAACUGUGUCUUCCUAGCUGAGCCAAGCAGACCAGAAAAAGAACUGGGAACUUUCAGUUUAUUGUUAGCGUUUGCCUUUUCAGUGGUGGGCAUUUUGGAUGGCAUUUAUGUUGAGCAUCUGGGUCAGUCAUUGAUACUUUCUACAGCGGAUAAGAGAGAGUAGCUUUUCUGCAUCCUCACCUACAUUGAGGUUCUUGGUGUCCCUUGAGUUGUCAACUUUGAUUUGUAUAUGCUUGGAGCUUUCAUCACAUUAUCUCACUUUUCCAACUACCCCACCCAGUCAAACAGCCAUUUCUUUGUCCUUGUAACUAAUAAAUGAAAAAAAUGGA